CCUGCAUAAACAAAGCUUGCCUGGGCUUCAUUCUGCCACUGUGGCUGGACGGCAAGAAAGCUUUUAAAAUGGCGCAAGCUGGGGUUUUCCUGGAGCAUGACCAGUUCAACUGUUCUAUAUGCCUGGAUGUCUUAAAGGACCCUGUGACUAUUCCAUGUGGACACAGUUAUUGUAAAGGCUGCAUUAAAGGCUACUGGGACCAGGACGACUAUCUGGGGAUUUAUGGCUGUCCUCAAUGCAGGCAGAGCUUCGCUCCCAGACCUGUGCUGGGCAGGAACACCAUGCUGGCUGAUGUGGUGGAGAAACUAAAGAAGACAGGACUGCAUGCUGGGCCGACCCCAUCCGAUCCAACCCAAGCUGAACCCGGGGAUAUCGAAUGUGAUGUGUGCUCUGGGAAGAAAAACAAAGCCUUUAAAUCCUGCCUGGUCUGUUUGGCGUCUUAUUGCGAGACUCACCUUCAACCUCACUAUGAGUCUCCUGCCUUUCAGAAACACAAGCUGGUUUCUCCUUCAAAGAAGAUACAAGAACAGCUCUGCUCUCGGCAUGAUAAAUUGCUAGAGGUGUUUUGCCGCACAGAUCAGCAGUGUAUUUGUUACCUUUGUUUAACGGAUGAGCACAAAGGACAUGACACUGUUCUAGCUACAGCAGAGAUGAAUGAGAAAAAGAAUGCUCUGGCGGAGAUGCAGAGGAUUUCCCAGCAGAGGAUCCAGGAGAGAGAGAAGGAGCUGGCAGACCUGAGACAGGCUACACAGAUGCUCACUCUUUCCGCACAGACAGCCCUUGAGGAGAGCGAGCGGAUCUUCACAGAGCUGGUGUGCUCCAUAGAGCGACGGCGUGCUGAAGUGAAGGAGCUGAUCCGAGGUCAGGAGAGGGCGGCAGUGAGCCAGGCUGAAGCGCUUCUUCAACAACUGGAGCAGGAGAUAACAGAGCUGAAGAAAAGACACGGUGAAUUAGGAGAGCUCUCGCAAACAGAGGACCAUAUCGCCUUCCUUCAGAACUGCAAGUCUCUGUGUGCUCAGCCUGUUCCUGUUGACUUGCCAAACAUUACCUCUGACCCAAGCUUUGGAACAGUGAUGACAGCGUUAACAGAGUUUCAGGCUCUCCUCGAGGACGUCUGCCAGGGGGGAUUUGUCAACAUCUCAGAGAAAGUGAACGAUGUUACUAUUAUUCAGAACACUAAACCAAAAACAGAUUCAGAGUCAAAUGCAGCUUUAUCACCAUUGUUUGGCCAGCCUGUACAGAUCCCUUUUACCGUUAGCGUCCCAACAAUUGGUGUGUUUCCAUUCUCGUCAUUUGGAUCGAGAACACAAGGUCCUCGUCAGAGACUACAGCCACGUAGGAGACGAAGGUAGCCUUAAAUACGGCCUGAGAAACGCCUGAUUACAAUUCAUCGAAGAGGCCAAAGUCGGUUUGUUUUGAAAUAUGUACGUUUUUCAUGGUAAAAAAUGUAAAGCUAUAUUAACCACAAACUCUUAUUACUAAAUAAGACGGAAAUGUAAAUGCAGAUGCGUUUCAGUGUCUACAGUCUGAGUCUCAAUGGUAUCAAAUUUAAACUUGUGUUAAACUGUAUAUCUGAUAAUUACAGAUGUGCUUGAAGUGAAGGUUACAAUAUUGUGUGAUCCAAACGUUUAGAGGCCAUAUUAUGCCCUUUACAAAGUCUUGAUUUUGUUUUUGAGGUCUAUUAGAAUACAAUUUCAUGCUUCAUUGUUCAAAAAUCACCUUAAUUUUCACACAUUUGACAUUGUUGCAGCACCUCUUUUCUUAGUCUGUCAUUAACGCUCUGUUUAGUUCCUGUCUCUAUGAAGCUCCUCCUUCUGAAAAGCACAAUGUGCUCUGAUUGGUCGGAAUAACUCCCUUUGGAGUGACUUUGUGCUUUGUAACUUUGCAGACCUUUUUCAUGCUCAAACAGCAACAUUACAUACUCAAGUUGAACAUGUACAAAAGCAUAAUAGGUCCUCUUUAAAGUAAUUACCUGUUGACUAAGCUAUGAUUAUAGUAUUUUCUUAAGUACUAAUCACAAACAUUAUUUAGAGUGCUAUAUUGGUGUAAUUUAUCAGUGUUUAUCCACUGAUGCUGUAUAUCUAUUCACAGAAGUGUUGAUGUUAAUUUUAGCUUCAUGUCUGAAAUGUAUUUGUGUGUAUUAAACAAUGUUUAAGUAUUAAACAAAGUUUAAGUAUUUUUAAAAUUUAAGGUAAAAAAAAUAAUUUUUUCGUAUCAUGAAAAAUAAAGUUUCUUCCAAAUA